CACGGCCAGGCCUCAGUGGGCGUUCCACCAGCUUCCAGGCCCUGGAUUCCUGGCCCAAGGGUUCCUUGUCCACUGCCCUCGCCGCAUCGGUCGUGUGGGGAUUCGGGGCUCGCGGAGCCGCCUCGUGACGCUGUCACCCCUGGCGGGAGCAGGACGCGGCCACGUGUUUUCCCAUCGCUCGGCCAUCGCGGGGCCAGGCAUGUGGAUCCAGCCGAGCACGUGAUUCGCGCAUGCGCCUCCAGCCGCGUGUGUUCCCAGCUUCCUGGCCGUGAUCCCACGGGCGCCCGCCCACGGGGCCCCGCGCGCCCACAAAGGCGGGGCGAGGCACGGGGAGGAUGCCGACGUCGUGCCUUUUGCGGCGCGGGCAGCAUGCACAGCGCUGCCCCAGCCUCACGCGUCGCUGCAGCGCACUGGCGACGGGAAGCGGGUAAGGAGUUGGUGGGUGCCGUCGUGCGCUGUCGCGUCCAAUGUCUGGCAUGGCUCUGCAGACACCCGCAGGGACCUGGCCCAAGGCCUCCUCGGCGGGCAUGGUCCUCGUAUGGCCGCCGGCGCGCUGCCGGGACUCGUCCCGGGGGACGGUCCCAGAAGCAUGCCUCGCGGCAACUGUAUUGGAUCGCCGCCCCCCCGCUGCCGUACAUGCGUAGCCAGCCUGACCUAUCGUUCGCUGCCGGAUCUUUCUCGUCUCUGUCCUCAUUUUGAGUUCAUGCAUGUUCUGGUGUCGUGCAUCGGCGGCAUCCGUUUCAAUUGUUUCGUGCCUACGCUCUCAUCCGUCUUCCCUCAUUACUCCUUCCUCCCGUCGCCCCCCUCCACCACGCCGAAGGUCCCUCCGCUUGGCGCUGCCCAGCGGCGUUCAGCUCUGCCACGGCGCGUGUCAGCGCCAGUUUUCGCGAACACGUUUUAAAGGCACACGCAGUGCAUCGAGGCAGAAGCCACUUGACGCUUUCUGAAGAUAGUGGGUUCGACUGCCGUUGGGGCUCUCGGCUACGACCGACACUCUCUUUUCAUAGGGGUCGAAGCUAGGAUACGCGCAUGUGUGUGAAUAUAUUGUGCAUGUUCGCCCUGGGCGCGACAAAAACAGGCUCCAUCGAUGUCGUCC